AUGGCGUUACGAGACAAUAAAAACGAGGUCUUACCUGACGGCAGCGAGGCUAUUCAAGAGACGAAUUUGAAACAUAACCAUGGCUGGCGCCGUAUUGUGCGGAAUUUCACACCCGCUUGGUUCUCAGUCAAUAUGGGCACGGGGAUUACUUCCAUUCUGCUGAACACUUUACCCUACAACGGCAGAUGGUUAUACUGGAUAUCAGUGGUGAUAUUCGCUUUGAAUGUUCUCCUCUUCAUAAUUUUCCUCAUCAUCACGAUCUUACGUUAUGUCCUCUACCCGAAAAUCUUUUACCUCAUGGUAACUCAUCCCACGCAGUCUCUUUUCCUCGGAACUUUUCCCAUGGGGCUUGCUACAAUUAUCAAUAUGAUUUGCUACGUCUGCGUACCGGCGUGGGGAGACUGGGCUGUUUACUUUGCCUGGGGUCUGUGGAUUGCCGACGUUGUUGUGUCUGUAAUGACAUGCUUCGGAAUGCCAUUUAUUAUGAUGACUCAAAUGGCCGACAUCGAGCUACAGACAAUGGGCGCCGCUUGGCUGCUUCCUAUUGUGUCUUGUGUCGUUGCGGCGGCAUCGGGAGGUAUUAUGGCUGACAUACUCCCAAAUGCUCAGUAUGCUCUAGGGACUAUCGUCGUGAGUUAUGUUUUAUGGGGCGUUGGAGUGCCUCUAGCGAUGAUGGUCAUCGUCAUUUAUUUGAUGCGCCUUAUGCUAUACAAACUACCAGCGAAAGCAGUUAUUGUUAGCACGUUUUUGCCCCUUGGUCCUCUUGGUCAAGGAGGCUUUGGGAUUCAAAAGUUGGGGAUGGCUGCACAAAAGGUCUUCCCGCUUACAGGAACGUUGAGACCCGGAUCAGGCGAUACGUUCUACGAUAUCGGCUUCCUAAUAGGUCUUCUCCUGUGGUCAUUUGGCUGUUUAUGGCUGUUUUUCGCAGUGGCAGCGAUUAUUCGGUCGAAGAAAUUUCCAUUCAACCUUGGAUGGUGGGCAUUUACCUUCCCGCUCGGCGUCUUUACAACCUGCACCAACCAGCUGGGCCGAGAGAUGCCCUCCAGAUUCUUCAGAGUCCUAGGCACAAUACUAUCCGUUUGUGUUCUAUUAUUGUGGAUUCUGGUAUCGCUCUUCACUCUGAAGGGUGUCUUCAAUCGCAGUCUGUUCGUGGCACCCUGUUUGGGUGACUUACAGGAGUCUGCCAUCGAUCCGCAGAAUAAAGGAGCAGAUUAUUACAACCUGGGCACAUACCAUCGUCCAAUAAACACUACCGUGAGCGAUGCGCAGUUAUGGUUUGACCGUGGAUUGCAGUGGUCCUACUCUUUCAACCACGAAGAAGGCGCACGAUGCUUCAAAACAGCAGCAGAAUCUGACCCUAGUUGCGCCAUGGCCUAUUGGGGUCUGGCCUACGCUCUAGGACCUAACUACAACAAAGCUUGGAGCCGGUUCGACCAGGGAGAUUUCGAUGAGACGGUCGAGACUGCAAGUGUCGCAUUGAAGCUUGCCCAAGAACUAUCCCAGAAGUCAGAGAAAGCACCCAUUGAAUAUGCCCUGAUCAAAGCCCUGGCAGCCAGGUUUCCAGUUAAAGGGAUGCCACUCGACUUGAACGCGUUAAACCAUGCAUAUGUCAACGAGAUGCGUUCUGUCUACACUCUCAGCCCGGAAGACCCAGAUGUCGUUGCUCUCUUCAUUGAAGCUCUCAUGUGCACACGACCUAGAGAUCUGUGGAAUGUCAAAACAGGCGAGCCUGCGGGAUGCACCGUCGAGGCUCGUCAAGCCUUAGAGCCUGCAAUGGCUCGGAAGGGGGGCAUGGAGCACCCGGCUUUCUGUCACCUUUAUAUCCACUUAAUGGAGAUGUCACCGUUCCCCGAGAUCGCCUUGAAGGCCGCCGACAGUCUCCGUCGCGUCGUGCCCGACGGCUCUCAUCUCCUCCAUAUGGCAAGCCACAUCGACAUUGCCUGCGGCGAUUAUCGCGGCGCAUUGAUGGCUAAUGAUGCCGCUAUUCUUGCCGAUAACAAGUUCUUUGCCCGUGAACACAGUUCCGUCAUGUACACGAUGUAUAGGGCGCAUAAUGCCUAUGCCAAAUCAUAUGCUGCUAUUAUGCUGGGUAACUUCACCGAGGCUCUUUCAGCUGCUAGGGUGAUUGGUGAAAUUUUGACCCCAAGUUUAUUGUCGGUUACCAGCCCUCCUUUGGCUGACUGGGCUGAAGCUUACUUGGGCAUAUUGCCGCACGUGCUGGUUCGAUUUGGGCGCUGGAAUGAUAUCCUCCAGUUGGACCUUCCGGAAGAUAAGACUCUGCUUUGCUCCACCGUCGCAAUGGUCUAUUAUGCAAAGGGGAUUGCAUUGAGUGUUCUCGGUAGGAUCGAAGAAGCACAGCAAAUCCUGUUACAAUUUAGAGCUGCUCAUGCCGCUGUCCCUUCGUCUCGGCUGGGAAGCCUGCCAAGCCGUGAGAUUGAUGUCUUACAGGUUGCUAUGGCUAUGCUGGAAGGAGAGCUUGAGUAUCGCAAAGGACGCUAUUUACUAGCGUUUUCCAGCCUCAGAAAAGCGGUUGAAUUGGAAGAUGCUCUCCCAUACGCGGACCCACCUGCAUGGAUUCAACCGUCGCGUCAUGCUCUUGGCGCACUGUUGUUAGAACAGAAUCAUGUUGAAGAGGCUGAAAUCGUCUUCAGGGAAGAUCUUGGCUUGAAACCGGGCUUUCCUCGUCGCCGGGCGCGGCUAAACAAUGUAUGGGGUUUGCACGGGCUGUAUGAGUGCUUUGUGAGAUCCGGGAAGGAACCCGAAGCUCUGUUUAUUCGCACGCAGCGAGAUCUUGCCAUGGCAAGUGCGGACAUACCUAUUACUGCCUCAUGUUUUUGCAGACUUUCCAACUCUGUUGACGAGGCAGGAUGCUGCCGCCAAUAG